AUGAAGAUGAAGAGACCCAGAGAAGAAGAUUAUUUUGCUUACGUGAAGGCUGUCCAAAAAACACCCAAAUACAAUGAAUUCCUUCGACUGAUGAAACAAUACAAGUCCUCGGCAACUUACGACACCACCAAUUUGGAUUUCGUAACGACAAGGAUCAAGGAAAUCUUCAGAGAUCAUUCAAACCUUAUUCAUGGAUUUAACGUGAUAUUCUUGCCUGAAGAACACGCAAUUGAAAACGAUUUUUGUGCUGAGCAGCAGAAUAGGGUUUUGAAAUCUACAAAAAGGGUUGAAGCAGAAGACUUGAACAACAAAUUCUUUGAGAAAGUCAUGAGGAAGGAGAAGUUUACAAAUCCUGAUGACUGCAAGAAAUACUUGAAGUGUCUUUAUCUUUAUAGCAAAAAGAGAAUUUCAGAAGGUGAUUUGAAAGAUAUGGUUGGUGGUUUGCGGCAAUAUGGAUGUGUCACGAUUUCAAGAACAGCUAAGAAGGAUAACGUGGAUCAAGAGAUUCAAGACCCCCAGAAGGAUGAAAGGGAGACAGGUUUUGAGGUUCCAGUAUCAAAAAGGACGAAAUUGGAGGAGGAAUCCAUGAUUGAUCGUCUCUUAAAUUGUGAAACUGAUAAUCCAAGCUAUCAGCUUGCGACGGAGAGAAUUUUAACUAGCGGAUGGACGGAGCUUGGAGUUGCAGUGUUGAAUGAUACUUUGGUGUCUACAGAGAGUUCCUGUGCAGGUGGUGAUACAUGCCAUUUCAAGAAAAAUGCUUAUGAAAAGAAUCUGUUUAGAUUCGAAGAUAACAGAUGCGAACGCGAUAGGCAGUUUGAAUUGGUUAAAGGUACUGUCGAGUGUGUCGAAGGAUUGUUACAGAAGAUUGUGGAGAAGACGAUCAAUGCACAGAGUAUACAUUUUGAGGAUCACUUCAAAGUGCUACAGCUUGGAUGCAUUAAGCGAUUGUGCAGUGAAUCUUGGCAGGAUGUGGUGGAUGCAUUAGGGAAAGAUGCACAAGCUGUAUUGCCUGGUAUUUUAACUCGAUUGCAGAAAAAACUGAAGGAGGUGACAAGUCGUCUUUCAGUAACUUACAUAAAGAAAAUGAAGGCAGUUUAUGCCAAGAACUUUAGGAAAUCUCUGGAUUAUGGAAACUCCUCCAGUGGUGAGCAGGAGGACAUAAGUUCGAGUUCUAAAGACGAGGAUGUAUCUACUUCUGCUUGUCCAGAUCUUUUAGCUGAGCCAACAACAUAG